UUUUUUUUUUUUUUUUUUUUUAAUGUGAACAAAUGCCUUACAAAGUUGAGAGUGGCAUAUCCUACAUGCAAUAAUGCAGUGAUCAAACCCUUGUCUUAUUUGAUUUAGUGGGGGGCCUAACAUUGGAAUUUGGCAUGAGGUUUGGGAGUUUCCAAGGCUAAAUCCAGUCCUUUAAUUAUGCUCGUGAUCAUGAAUGAGGAUUCCUAACAUGGGGAUUUGAAGUCACUAUCUGGUCCCAUCAGUUAUUCAAAGAGGCAAAAACAUUAUUUGCCUUUGCUCUGAAAUUUGCAAUUGAUUUACAUUUUCAAGUAAAUAACAUUUGAGUAGUUCAGAAACUUUUAACACAGCUACUAUUCGAAAGUGACUUAAAUGUUCAUAAAUCUGAUUGGGCUUUAUUGUGCCAAUCAACAAAGCUCUGGUACCUACCUCUUCCCACUUCGGGGACCAUGUUGUUAAUUCUUAUAAAUGCACCAAGCUUCUUACUUCACUCUUAACUUUUCCUCUUUUCCUCUUUUCACUAAACAAGAUCAUUGUUUUCACGAGAUAUAUUGAUUGACUUUGAUAUUACAAAAACACUGAGAAACUGGAGUGUUGCCAUAUGAUGUUGACCUUAUAAUUCCCAUGUGGCUUACUUGAUUGCUUUGACAGGCAGCUUCCCAGAUUUUCUUUUUUUUUUUUAUCUUAGUUCACAGAUGAGAGAUUGUCAAGUACUUAACCAUGAUAUGAUUAUAAGGUAUUAAAAAGUAGUUUUAACCCUUCUCUCAUACUCAUUGACCUUAUACUUCACAUGGUUAGAUAGAGCUCUCUUCCUCAUAACAACUGUAAGACAGAGCUCUUUAACAAAGGGAUAGGGCCCUUGGGUCCCACAAUUCAGAAUAAAACGGGUAAUAAAAUCUGAAUUAUGGUUGAACACAAAGGAGACUAUAAUAUUAUGCUUUCACAACCUUUAAACCAAAUAUUAUAAACAUGGUACCUUUAGCUUUGCAUCUUAAUCAAUGCUUCAGCACUUUAUACAGCAUAUAGUCAAAAACAAAUCAUGUAUGCUCAUUUGGUCCCAGGUUUUCAUUCUCAAUAAUCUCUUCUUAAAUGUCUUUUGCACGAGCAGAAUAUUAUCUGAACUUACCUCUUUUUACAUUCACUGCUUUGGUAGACAAAUUGAACAAAAUCAUAAAAGCAAAGCCUUAUCCUUCUCCUCUCUCUCAUAUCAUAAUAAACCGCCAUCCUCAGUUUAAGAGACUAAAGAGGGAGAUAGCAAGAACCAUAGUGAAGACAAGAGAGAGAGAGAGAGAGAGGAGGAAGUGAGGCCAAAAUAGAAGAGAGAUUUUUCUCUACAGUUUCCACUGCCUUUGUCGUGAGGUAAGCUUAUGAAACUUGAACUGUCUCAAUCUCUCUCUUUUCUGCAUAUUGGAAACGACACUGAGUGAAGAUUGAAGAAACAAAAAAGAUAAGCAGCUUAGAGCUUUGUCCCUUCUUGAAGACUGAAAACACAAAAAGAAACAAAGCUUUUAGCUAUUAAACUAGAGCCACAAAUGCUGUUAGAAGAAACCAUCCAUAGAAGCAAAAGCUUGGUCAAGAAAACCAUUCAGAACUUCAAAUCCUUCUUCUUUGGAGGUUAUCAAAAGUUACCGAAAUCUCUUUCUUUUAACGCUUUUUCUUGUGGCAGCAGCAAGAUGAAAAGCUGUAAGACAGAUCAAAUCUAUUCUGAUUUUUAUGAGGAAUGGGAGUCUCAUUAUUUAGAUGAGAUGAUGAGUAAGAAGGAUAAUAAUGUUGCAACCACAUUACAAGAGCAAAUGAAGGAAGAAGAUAAUAAUGCCUGUAGUGGAAGCCUCACAAAGUUCUCACAGAAGAGUCCUGUUAAGACCAAACAGGAAUUGGGAAUAAAGGAGAAGAAAAAGAAGAUUGGAAGCUCUUAUCUUGGGAAAGGAAAAGAGUCCAACUCAAAGAAGACAAACACAGGAGGACAUGUUUUGGCUCAAAAGAUGAAGGAAUUGGAGAUGGUAGAUGCAGCUGAUAUGGAACAAGCCUUGGAUAUAGAAGAGGCACUUCACUACUAUUCCCGCCUUAAAAGCCCGGUUUACCUUGACAUUGUUGACAAGUUUUUCCUGGAUAUGUACUCGGACUUCUCUGUCCCACAAGCCUCAACAAAGGUCACCAGCUCAAAGCGGAGACUCGGCUCAUUUAGGUUGUAGUUGGCCAUGUUUGUAAGUUUGUUUUUUCCUUGUGUACAUGGAUCUGUUUUGUUCUCCUCACUAUUUUGUCAUUCUUCUCCAUUUUGUGUGUAAGUUUGUUGGAUUUUUGUUUUACAUUCAGUGAUUGUUGGCCUUUAUUUCUUAACCUUUUAUUUAUAUGUGCUUGAACCAGUCUUGUCACCAUUGAAAAUAAUAAUAAUAAAAAUUCUGAGGAUUUUAAAGUUUGUUCCA